GUGAGGUGGUGCCACUCGGAGCUCCGCGCGCGGCGGCUGGUGCUCGAGUGGUGCCUGGCGGUGCAGUGGUUGGAAGGUGCUCAGGCCGGUCACAGCUCCCUGGGGCGCCCCUGGCAGAUCGACCGGAAGGGGUGGAGAGUGAUCAAGAGCUGCUCGCGUCCAGCUGAGUGGUCAGAUGUGCUCGAAAGCUGCGCGUGAUCUCUGGAAGUGCUAACCUCAGACUAAGACGCAUUCAGGACGGGCGGCGGUCAGAGUUAAUCUGCGAAGUGAUUCACUGUUCCCCGGCGGCCUGUUGACGGGUUCCGGCGCCAAUCUGCCGUGUCAGUGGAGCUGAGAGUCGGCGGUGAAGUACCUCUCGGAAGACUGAAGGAGUUCUGAACAGAGGCGGUCGCGCCCGCGCCCGCGCCCGCCCAGGGAAGGCGGCUGUGAAGGGGGCAGCCGCGCUGGCCGCCAUGGCGCGGGCCCGGCCGGCGCUGGUGCUGGUCAGGACUGCUGCGGUGCUGGUGCUGGUGACGGUGCUGCUGGCGCCGGUGAGGGCGUUCCAGCCGGAGGAGCAGCUCCAGUACGGCCACUACAGCCAUCGACUGCGGCAUCACAGAGAACAUGUCAAGGAGCUGACAUGCGGCAAGCUCUACUACCGGACGUUCCACAUGGACGAGCACAGGGACGUGCUCUACGUCGGCGCCAUGGACCGUGUGCUGAUGAUAGGACUCCCCGAUAUCAGCCAGACGGAUUGUGAUAAAAAUUCGUUGGUCCUGGAGGCAACAAGCAGCAACGACUGCAUGUCAAAAGGGAAAAAUCAGCACUACGACUGCCGUAACCACAUCCGGGUGAUCCAGCCGAUGGGAGACGGCAGUCGACUGUACGUGUGUGGCACCAACGCCCACAACCCCAAGGACCUCGUCAUCUACGCAAACCUGACCAGCCUGCCACGCACCGAGUUUGUGGCCGGCGUCGGUAACGGUAUCGCCAAGUGUCCGUUCGACCCGGACGACAAUUCGACGGCCGUGUGGGUGGAACACGGUAACCCGGGCGGCCUGGCCGGCCUCUACUCCGGCACAGUGGCAGAGUUCACCAAGGCCGACAACGUCAUCUUCCGCACUGACCUCUACGACACCGUCACAAAGCGGAAAAAGUACCUCUUCAAACGCACCAUCAAGUACGACAGCAAGUGGCUGGACAAGCCAAACUUUGUCGCAUCGUACGACAUCGGGGAAUACGUGUAUUUCUUCUUCCGGGAGACGGCGUUAGAGUACAUCAAUUGCGGAAAAGCCAUCUAUUCCAGGGUGGCUCGCGUUUGUAAGAAGGAUACUGGAGGUAAAAAUAUACUGACCCAGAACUGGGCCACGUAUGUGAAAGCUCGCCUGAACUGCUCCAUACCCGGCGAGUUUCCGUUCUACUUCAACGAAAUCCAGUCGGUGUACAAGGUGCCCGGUGACGACACGCGCUUCUACGCCGUCUUCACCACGUCCAUGACCGGCCUGAUGGGCUCGGCCAUCUGUACCUUCAGCCUCGCCGACAUACAGGAUGCGUUUGCCGGCAAGUUCAAGGAGCAGAAGACGUCCAGCUCGGCAUGGCUGCCGGUCAGCAACUCAGCCGUACCGGAGCCCCGGCCGGGACAGUGCGUCAACGACACACAGACAUUGCCAGAUAUGGUGCUGACCUUUAUCCAGUCGCACCCGCUGGUGGACCAGGCGGUGUCCCACCAGCGGAACCAGCCCGUGUUCUACCGACGGGAUCUCGUGUUCACCCACCUGGUGGUCGACAAGGUCACCUCGGGCACCUUCGGCAGCGACCGCGAGUACACCGUCUACUACGCCGGAUCCAACGACGGUCUGGUGUACAAGAUAGUCGAGUGGACCGCGGACGACCGGUCGGCGGUGCGCUCCGAGCUUCUGGACGUGUUCCACGUCACGGCGCCGGAGCCGGUCCGCAGGAUGGCCAUCUCUCGCAGGCACAAGUCUCUGUACGUAUCGUCGGACACGGGGCUGCGUCAGUUGCACCUGGAGAUGUGUAACGGCAGGGCGGACAGCUGCCUGCGCUGCGUCCGGGACCCCUACUGCGGCUGGGAGAAGGACUCCCGCACCUGUCGGCCCUACGUGCCAGGCCUGCUGCAGGACGUGACGGGCUCCCAGACGGGUAUCUGCGACAGCUCAGUACUCAGGAGGAAGGUGGCGGCCACCUGGGGUCAGGCGCUCCACCUGGGCUGUAACGUCAAACUGCCCGAGCAGAGGUCGCACCAGCCGAUCGACUGGUACCUCUGGAACAAGGAGCGCGGGCGGCACAGGCUGGAGCCGAGCCCCUCCAAGUACGUGCCAACGGUGGGCGGAGGAGUGGUGGUCCUGUCUGCUACUGAGCAGGACGCCGGCCGGUAUGAGGCGCGCCUCGGGGAGGACCUGCUCUGCGUGUACACAGUCACAGUGGACACCCACCGCUGUUCGGCGCCCGACAAGUCGCAGGAGUACCAGAAAGUCUACGCCGACUGGUGCAACCAGUUUGAAAAGUACAAAAGUGCCAUGAAAGCAUGGGAGAAUAAGCAAGCGCAAUGUCGGGGUCAGAACCGGGGCGUCAACCAGAACUCGCACUCAAACGACAUACAUCAGCAGCCGCCUCCGCCGCCAAUCUGAGUGCCUUGGCGUACCUCCGUGCGACUGUGUGACGUCAGACCUGUCAGCGUGAGAGCCAAUCAAAACAGCGCGGCCGAUAGAGUGCGCCAGUGACAGUACUGACUGGCUGGAGCCAUCUGACUCAGUGAUUGGUGAUGAAGUUGGCGGGCUCACGAGUGAGACUGCUGACAUGGGAGACACCCGGGACUCGCGAGAGCCCGGAUGCAGGUGGCGAUGGACGCAAAAGAUCGCCAAUACUCGGCGCUUCUCGCGCUCAGCUGUGAUGAUCAGUGCUACUUCAAGCUCGCUUUGUGGAUGAUGAUGGCAGCAGUCCGACCACAAUGACGACUAUAAGUGCGUGAGAUUUUGUUAUGCGUAUCGUACACAAUGCUUUUGCGCUGAAUGUGUGUCAGCGUGGGAGGCAUAAACUGCUUCGGAUGAUGAGUUGAUUGUACGCUGGAUAAUCAUGUCAUAUUCCGUUCGCCGUGAGAGUGAAGUGAGCUGUUGUGAAGGCCCGUCUGGUCACUGGUGUCUUCCAUGUUUGGGGCGUGUGUGCCGGGCUGACCCCGGCACGAGGAAGGCUCUAGAGCAGCAGCUGGCGUCAACCGGACGUUCUAUAACGGGUGCUGAAGAAUGGGUGGGUGACCACUGACCAGUGCCGCCGGGACCGCUGGGUCUGCCCCCAGGGGCCCGUACGCCACCCUCGGGUAGGUGGCAGCGACGAUCAUUUGACACGAUGCUCAGCUCAUGCGGGCAUCCUGUAUAUGAGCCGUAGAUGUGAGGUACUAUGUGCUGAAUUGACUUCAUAAUAACAAAUAUCAUCGAGUA